AUGCGCCAGGAAUUUCCUAAGGGAGGUAUCCGGGUUCCUAUCCGUUUCCUAAGGGGGAACAUGAUAGUCAUACAAUUGUCCAUAAGCAGCGUCAUAAGGGAGGCGCAGGGCAACGACCAGGAGCAUCCUAAGUGUUCUCCGGAAAAUGCAGAAUACGCCCGGAGUCCCUCAAGGGGGACCCUAGCUUUUGCCAAAAUCCUAAGGGAAAUGUACAACCAAUACAAUAGCCGGUUACUCAAGCAGCUCAGAAGACAAUAUGCAAAUUGA